GAACUGUCAAAAUCGGAAAGCUCGGUGAGGGCCCCGCGUGACUGCCCCUACGAGGCGCUGGGCAUCGAGAGGAAUGCGACUGAGGCCGAGAUCAAGCAGGCCUACAGACGCCUGGCACUGCAAAGGCAUCCGGACAAGCUGCCGGUCCAGUUGGGCCGCCAGCCAGAUGCAAGCGAACUGCACGCCGCAACGGAGGCCUCCUGGCGCAUCACGCAGGCCUUCGAAAUUCUUUCCGACCCCGACCGACGGCAGAAGUACGACGAGGCGGUGGGACUGAGCAGUUCUGGUCGUUUCCAGGAAGAUGCACCAAUGCCAUGCCAACCACGGGGCGAGGCGCGUGCACUGCUCCACGGCAUGCAGGUGAACGGCGACCGCGUCUGCGCAUCGGAACUGUCCACAGCUGUCCUUAUCGAAUUGCGGGCCCAACUCCGCGCAGAACAAAGGGUGGUCUCGUCAAGCGAGGCUGAUGUGGUCAAGCGAUCGGUGGACCGUUGCAUCUCUGUAAGCCACGGUUGCUGCGUGGUGAAAGUCACCUGGUCCAGCCUCGACGUGAUCACGAGCAGCACCAAGUCGUUGGAUCAGGCCCUCAGGUGGCGCGCAGCUCUCACGGUGCUUCGGAAUAGAGCCAAGGCACGCAUGAGCCUGGGAGGUUGCAGCCACACUCUGAUUGAAGAAGAGGUGUUGGACAUGCUGAGAGCGGAUCCCGACCUGAACGUGGGUUUCAGCGGUGCUGUGUACGGGACUUCGAAGCGCACGCCGAAGACGCCGAACUGGCAGCUGGCCCUCACCCUUCAGGAACAGCUUCUCCAGGUGGUGAAGGGGCGUGGACAUACUGAGAGCAAGGUUGACAAGUUCAUAGAAAAGGCGAAGAAGACAGUCGAGGCAGACAAGAAGAAGUAUAAGACCCUGGCCGCCCAGCAGAUCCGGGAAAUCGACGAGGAGUUGAUGCGCCGGCAGGAGCAGAUGCUCCCUCAUCAAUCCCUGGCCGAGGCUCUUUCCCUGACGGAUGAGAGGGAGCUCGAGGAAGCGCUCCGGAGGCUUCAGGAGCUUGCACCGGCGGAGCUCCGGCGGAGACGCACCAUCUUGUUCUCGCCGGCGAACUCGCUCGAUGGUUGGGAGCCCCGAAGACUAAUCACUGGUGCACGUGCUGCCGGAGACGAGGAGGAGGACGAGUUCUUCGAGACCCCCGACGAGAAGCGUGUACGCCUGGCAAAGGAAUAUCUCAAGACCAUCGGAGAGGGGAAGACCCGAGAACAGAUUCAGGAGGAGCUCGCAAAGGAUACCUCGCGGCGGCAGGUAUCAGAUCUGGCUCUCGGCGAGCCUCGAUUUCUGCGAGGGCACAAGAUGGCUGUGACCAGCGUGUGUCUGACUGCAGACGAAGGCACGAUGUACACCGGUGGCAAGGAUUGCGCAGUGCUGCGCUGGGAUGUCGAAACCGGCAAAAAGGACGUUUUUCCGGGUGGCCGCAACAAGUUCGACUGUGGCGGCCACUUCGAGAAGGUCCUUUCUGUGGCCCUGCUCGAAGAGAAAGGGCUCCUGGUGAGUGUGGGGGUGGAUCGCUUGGUGAGACUUUGGGACCCGCGUGCGGCGGCAACCGACACCGUGCUACUUAUCUUCCUGCUUGUCAAACUCUUGAGCCUUUUGAAGCCGUCUGCUCCUAUGCAUGGAGCCGCGCGGCACGCCCACAUGGUGAGAGCCGCCGCGCGCGAAGCCGCCGCGGAGAUGCAAAAGGACGGGAUAUCCAAUGGUUUUGAGUUCAAGAGCUGGGAAUAUGAGAACAUGAUCAACCCUGAGCCGUAA